AUGGAUCCAGCCGUCGUAUCCUUCCCUUUUAUCCUGCCCUCGAAUUCUGCUCCUCGCAUCCUGCCCUCGUAUUCUUCCCUCGUAUCCUGCACUCUUAUUCUGCCCUUGUAUCCUGCCCCUCGUAUUCUGCCCUUGUAUCCUGCCCUCGUAUCCUGCCCUUGUAUUCUGCCCUCGUAUCCUGCCCUUGUAUCCUUCCCUCGUAUCCUGCCCUCGUAUCCUGCCCUCGUAUCCUGCCCUCGUAUUCUGCCCUCGUAUCCUGCCCUUGUAUCCUGCCCUCGUAUCCUUCCCUCGUAUCCUGCCCUCGUAUCCUGCCCUCGUAUUCUGCCCUCGUAUCCUGCCCUUGUAUCCUGCCCUCGUAUCCUUCCCUCGUAUCCUGCCAUUCUGCCCUCGUAUCCUGCCCUUGUAUCCUGCCCUCGUAUCCUUCCCUCGUAUCCUGCCCUCGUAUCCUGCCCUCGUAUUCUGCCCUUGUAUCCUGCCCUUGUCUCCUUCCCUCGUAACCUGCCCUCGUAUCCUGCCCUCGUAUCCUGCCCUCGUAUCAAUGCUACAGCGAGCGCUAUUUUCCCAGACUUGUGA